CGGCCAGCAGCAAGGGAAAGGAGGAAGGAACCUCUACAACUUCAUCUCCAUAGCCCCAAAUCCGAACUCAAGCUCAAGGGAGUCCAAGAAGAAAGUUUAAGAAGGAAAAAGCUAGGAAAAAGUGUGAAAAUUAAGGAACUUGAUUUAAAGUAUUUUCGAGCUUCGCCGGAGUUUCGUCGGAGUUGGUCAAAGUUCGCCGGAGUUGGUCAAAGUUCGCCGGAGUUGGUCAAAGUUCGCCGGAGUUGGUCAAAGUUCACCGGAAUUAGUCAAAGUUCAAUCGAGAAGCAUAGAACGCGCUUAAGCUUAAUUAUGUUUCAGGUAGAACUUGAAGGUUGCUACUACCAGCCGCUGUUCGGGAAGUUUCUGAGAAGAAGACUUGGUUCGUGCUUCUUCCGUUCUCGUUUUGAAAACAAUAUGAAUAAUGCUCAUGGAUAAUAUUUUCUGAAUAAUUACUUUGGGGGCUUGCAUGCCUAAUUAUGCCAAGUGUGGCUUGAACACUUGUAUCAAUUGUUUCCGCUGCUUUAACAAAUGUUUUACAUUA